AUGGUUACCGUCUUGAAUAUCCAGGCCCAGUAUGGCGGCUUCUCUAAAUCUGUCAGCGGGCGCAGCAUGGCUGCCACCGGUUUGAUGUGUCUCUCCGCUUUGUCUUACAGAGGAAACGUCACCAUUCCGAAGUUGUCGGAAUCCAACAUGGGGUUUGGCGUCCUUGGUGUGUUCCUGGGACUACUCCUGGAGGUGUCUACUCAUGGACCUCAUGCUAUCCCUCGAACCUCCUGGAAACACAGAGAUCCUGAGGUGAUGGAGUUUUCUGAGCCGGGUAUCUUCAACUACUCAACGUUGCUGCUCAGUGAUGAACGGGAUGCGCUCUAUGUAGGCGCCCGGGAGGCCAUCUUUGAGCUGAGCAAGAAGAAUGUGACCGUCCGCAACAACAAGGUUCUGUGGCAAGUCGGUGAGAGCCCCAUAGCCAUGUGCACCCUCAAAGGAAAAUCAAAGGAGACCGACUGUCUGAACUACAUUCGAGUGCUGCAGGUGGUGGACGACCAGCGACUCUACGUCUGCGGGACGCAUGCCUUUCAACCCCAGUGUGAUUAUCUGACUUUGGCUGACUUUUCAUUAGAAGGUCGACCAGAAGAUGGCAGAGGGAAGUGCUCCUUCGAUCCCUCGCAAAGUUUCACCGCAGUCAUGGUUGAUGGUGAGCUCUACUCCGGUACUGCUUAUAACUUCUUGGGUAGCGAGCCCAUUAUUUCUAGAUACUCUCCAUCACCAUACAUGUUGAGGACCGAAUACUCCACAUCAUGGCUCAAUGAACCUAGUUUUGUAUUCGCCGAUGUGAUCAGGGAAGGGGAGAACUCUGCGGACGGCGAGGAUGACAAAAUUUAUUACUUCUUCACCGAGGUGUCGGUGGAGUACGAGUUCUUCGGCAAUCUGCUCAUUCCGAGGGUGGCACGCGUUUGUAAGGGCGAUCAAGGAGGACAGAGGACGCUGCAGAAGAAGUGGACGUCCUUUUUGAAAGCUAAGCUGGUGUGCUCCAUGCCAGAACUCAAUUUUGUCUUCAAUGUGGUGCACGACGUCUUCAUCCUGAAGGGCGCACGCUUGAGGGACACGGUCAUCUAUGGCGUCUUCACCUCGCAAUGGGGAAAUGUUGGCCUUUCGGCCGUGUGUGCCUACAACAUGUCCGCUGUGGAUGAGGUCUUCUCCAAGGGCAAAUACAUGCAGAAGGCAACUGUUGAGCAGUCUCACACUAAGUGGGUCCGCUACAAUGGAAUUACACCCUCGCCACGCCCUGGAGCAUGCAUCAAUAGCCACAUGCGGCAGAAGAACAUCAACAGCUCGCUUCACCUCCCCGACAAAACCCUGCAAUUCGUCAAAGACCACCCGCUGUUGGAGGACCCCGUCCUCCCCAUCGGGAACAGACCCCGUCUCAUAACGAAGGAUGUCAACUACACGCAAGUCGUCGUGGAGCGGGUCCGCGCCCUCGACGGGAGCAUCUACGAUGUCAUUUUUACCGGAACAGAUAAAGGGGUCCUGCACAAAUCAGUAGUCCUCGGAGGUGAGGUUCACAUGGUGGAGGAAAUUCAGCUGCUGAAGAACUCUGAGCCCAUCAAAAACUUGCUAUUAUCCUCCGAUACACGAUCGCUGUACGCUGGUUCUGACUCGGGGGUUGUCCAGUCACCCACAGCCUUCUGUAGCAGAUACCAGUCCUGUGAUGACUGCAUACUGGCCAGAGACCCAUACUGUGCCUGGGAUCCUCAAACAUCUCACUGCGUCAAAAUCUCUGAAAUACCCAGUCAGCAGCUCAGGAGGCUAAUUCAGAGCCUUAAUGGUGAUGCAGACAAAUGUCCCAAAGCUCCAGUUUUGUCCCUGAAAGACUACCAACGUGUUUCCGUGAAGCCAGGGAGCUCCGCCGAGCUGCCGUGCCUUGUUCGCUCCAACGCGGCACAAGUGACGUGGAAAUCUAACGGCUCACUCCUCACCGAAGCCUCGCCCUUCCACUUCAUCCGCGAGAACGGCAUGCUCAUCUACAGCGUGGCCGCCGAGGACCAGGGCCGCUACGAGUGCUGGUCGGUGGAGUUCGCCAGCGCCGUCGGGAAGAACUUCACGCGCCUCCUGGCGGGAUACAUCUUGACUCUGGAUGUCCCGCACACUUCCGACACUUUCCAGACGCACGGCGUGGAAGGUAAAGUCGUGGCAGACGGCGUGCUAACAUCAGCCCUCGCCCCGCAAAAUUUUACCGCCGCCGUUCAGCUUACAUCCCCGCCCCGCUCGUCACUAACGCCGAGUAGCGGCACAGAGCGGCCUCCCGAGCCGCACGUUCCCCCUGAGAGCAGCUCCCCGGAGGCGGAGUACUUACAGCGCAGCAACGGCACUGCCCUCCUCUUCCUCUUCUUGCUGUUCUUCCUCCUCUUCCUGGCCGCCGUGGCGUACAACUGCUACAUGCAGUACCUCCCUCCACCAUGCUUACGCUUGCGAGCGGCCUUGUUGGGCAAGCACAAGAAGAGCGAAGCCGCCCAACCCGAGUACAGCGCCUGCGAAGCGGGACUCAUGGACACAGCCUCGGAUAAAAUCGCCGCGACGUCGCGGCCCCCGCAGAACAGUAGCACGAACCUCCGCGCUCUGCGCGAUACCGGCUACGAGACGGAGCCCGAGUACGUCAACGGACGCGUGCCGUCUCACGGUUUCGGCGACGAAAGCCCGUCCCCGCAGAAGCCCUUCGACGUAGACGGCGACUCCCAGUCCAUUCAGUUCGCCGACGCCGACGAGCCUUAUUGCUAG